GGGCGUCCGUGAGGUUGUGGAUGCGGGUGUAGUUGCGCGUAUCGGUGCGGGUGUGGGCAUUGGUAUAGGCACGAAUGUGGCGUGCGAGUAUGGGUGUAGAUAUGGGGUGUGGAUGUGGAACUUUUCUUCACUUGUACUCUAAUUCACAGAAAAUAAAUCGGCUUUUCCCUCGUGUCUCUGAUUAUCAGCCACAGCCUCGUUUACACAUAAAUAAAACUUAUGACAUGUUUAUGAAUAUUUACGCGAAAAAAACGUUUGCUGAAUAAUAUGCAAUUCCGUAAUCGACUGCGAGGUCACAUAAGUCUAUGAAUGCUUCGGAAGCUCACCCACUUCAAUAGUGAGACUAGUUUCUUAUUAGAUUCGUUGCACAACAUUUCUCAUGAUGUGGUGGUAAGGAAUCCCUAUAUCAAUUUUUCAUGAGUUGCACGAAAAGGUUAAUGGUAUUUUUGUUUUCACUUGAUCUCACUACGGAUCUAUACAGUUUGAAAAGCUUACUUCUUAAUAUUAGCUAUACUGCUAGAAUGAGUACACUAAAAUUAAAGUUAAAUAGUGAAUAUGAAUUAUUUGGAGACAUAAAAUCUCUUACGAGGGAAGGUUCUCAAAUGAUCCACGCCAUUUUCAACAAUAGGGUGUGGGUGUGGGUAUGGGUGUCGGUGGGUGUGGGAUGUGUGGGUGUGGGUUUGGGCGUGGGUGUGGGUGUGGGUACGGGUGUCGGUGGAUGUGGGGUGUGUGGGUGUGGGUAUACUCUCCUUCAACACCAACACCCACACUCACACCCACACCCACAUCCCACACCCACGCCCACACCCACACCCACACCCACCCACACCCACAGCCACAGCCACAGCCACACCCCACCCACACCCACACCCACACCCGCCCACACCCACACCCACACCCACACCCACACCAACCCACACCCACACCAACCCACACCCACCCACACCCACGCACACCCCACACCCGCACCCACACCCUGUUUGAAAAAAAAAUCAAGAAUGAAAAAUUUUAUGUUCUGCCAUAAGACAGUCUCGAGUCAGAAUCUUGACAAAUGAUACAACAGAAUCAACGAAAACAUAAGACAUUCUGAAACAAUGUAUCAUAUAUUUUGAUUUUUCUUUUCUUGUUCUGUCUCGAGUGUUUUUUUUAUUGAUUUCUUUCUCAGAGCUUUUUCUAUUUAUUCAUGAUAUCAUUAUUCAGUAGACAUUUUUCUUUCAGCGAGUUUUUAUGGAAGUUAACGAAUGACUCAAUGAAAAUAGUGAUGUCAUCUGGAUAUUCGGCAAUUAUGCUUUGUUUUUUGUAUAUAACAAUGUAGAACAAGAAUUCCAUUCUCAUUUUAUUUCAAUAAGUAUAAUCACAACAAACGGUUACACAAAAGUAUGUACAAUUUUAAAUUUCAAUUACAGAAAAAUUGAUUUUUAUGUAUAGUCGAAAAUAUUGAAUAAUGUCACCUAAACGUUUUCAAGUUCGUCUCUAUAUUAUCCGACAUGCAGAAUCAGCAAUCAAUGCUGCUUCCACUCAUAUUUGCGGUCAGAAUAUUCCAUGUAUGUUAAGUCCACUUGGCAAUGAACAAGCAAUGUUAUUAGGCAGAGUUUUAUCAUAGACAUAUUUCUUUAUUGUUAUUUGUUUUUUUUUGAUUCAUAGGCAAACGUUUAAAAUAUCAAAAUAUCAAAUUUGAUUCUAUUCUAUGUUCAACAGCUGUUCGUGCACAACGAACAGCAGAAAUUGCAUUAAAAACUAUGAAUAUUGACAUAUCAAAAUUAAUCAUUUCAAGUGAACUUCUAGAGCAAUCUCAAGGUAGUUGGGAAGGUAUGAGUCGAGCGUUAGCUUUUACUCCAGAAGUAAUACAACAAUGGAAUGAAUUACAUUUUGAAUUCUGUCCUCCAAAUGGUGAGUCAAAACGAAUGGUACAAAAACGUGCUUUGGCUUACCUAGAACCGAUUAUUGAACAAGCAAAAAAUCAAAGUCUAGAAGAAAAUCGUGAAAUAUCAAUUGGUAUUUUUACACAUGCAAAUUUAAUACAAUCUAUAUUACAAUAUUAUUUACAAAGUAAUCCAAAAUAUGCAUGGCUUAUUAAACAAAAUAAUACAGCAAUUAAUGAAAUUCUAUUAAAUGAACAUGGAAUAUCUGUUGUUAAAGUAAAUGAUGAUAGUCAUUUGAGAUUUUUAAUUCCAGAAAUGCAAAGUGAAUCAUUAGACAAUCUAUGA